GUGAAGCUUUUACUUAUUUAUUAAACCAAUAUGGUGGGAUAGUUAAGUAUCACGGCUUAUUUAGUGAACCAAACAUAUUAAUUUCCGAUCCAAAACUCGUCCAACAAGUACUUGUGAAUCGUCCAUAUGAAUAUCAAAAGCUCUUUUUAAACCAAAGC